UACUAUCAUUUUAGUUGAGCAUAAUAGUUGAAAGCAGCGCAGAACAGGAAAAAUUACACAAGAACAAUAAUUAAUAUUAGCACUAAUUACUAUUGCUGGACUAUAAACUCAGAAAUGUCUGAUGCUGUUUAUGGCAAUGUGAUCAGAACUGAGUCUGAGAGACUGGAGAUGAUGGUGGCUAUCUAUGAGAGUGCACAUUGUGUGAGAGAUCAUGACUUCAGGACAGAGACAAACACACACCAACCACUACAGCGAACAGGAAGUGAUGGUGUGAAGAACAAAAGCUCCAGUGCAGCUGUAGUGUGUUUGGUGCUGCUGUGUGUUCUUCUGCUGACUGCAGUCAUAGUGCUGUGUGUCCACAUCUAUACGAACAAUUCAAAUUACACAGAAGAGACACACCAGCUACUAACCAUGAUCACCAACCUCACAGAAGAGAGAAACCAGAUACUAACCAAGAUUAACAACCUGACGAAAGAAAAAGAUCAGCUACUAACCAACCUUAAUGACCUUACAGAAGAGAGAAACCAGAUACUAACCAAUAAUACCAACCUAAUUCAACAAAACAAAAAGUUAAUAAGAAAAAACGAACUGUUGAAGUGUUUAAAUAAAACAGGUGGAUGGACCCACUAUCAAUCCAGCUAUUACUACAUUUCUUCUGAGAAGAAGAGCUGGACUGAGAGCAGAAGAUACUGUACAGAGAGAGAAGCAGAUCUGAUCAUCAUAAACAACAGACAGGAACAAAAUUUUUUUAAGGACAUUUCUGAAGUCUGGAUUGGUCUGACUGCUGUGGAAGGCAAAUGGGAAUGGGUUGAUGGCAGCACACUGACCCCUGGUUUCAGCUUCUGGGCGUCUGGAGAGCCAAAUGGAAAUGGAAGAGAGAAGUGUGUUCUGUCUUAUUCAUCAAGCCGGAAUGCUUAUUUAUCAGGUUGGAAAGACUAUCCGUGUUAUUAUGUUUCAAAAUGGAUCUGUGAAAAGAAAAUUUUGAAAUGAUUUUAAUAAAUAUGAUACGAAUUUAUUCUGAACAUAAACAUUCAGAAAGAUAUAUACGUACACUGUAAAAAAAAGACUGUGAUUUUAAUGUUGAAAGACUGUAAAAAUGCUGCAGU